AGAGGGAGUCAUCCGGAUAGGGCUUUCGUACCUCAUCGAGAUGAGGCAGUACCAGGUGGACAUGACGCUGGUCACUGCCCUAGUCGAGCGUUGGAGACCGGAGACACAUACGUUUAUGUUUUCGGAGGGGGAGUGCACCAUCACGCUUCAGGACGUAGCGAUCCUUACUGGACUUCCCACAGAUGGGGCUCCUAUCACCGGUCCUACAGUGACUGACUGGAACAGUGUCACCAUGCGCCUUCUUGGGAGACGGUACAAGCCGACUCGUACGGAUAACGGCGGGUUUGUGAAAGUGUCCUGGUUAAAAACGGAGUUUCAAAAGUUUGAACAUGUGCCCGCACCAGGUGGACAGGAGCAGGUCGACUGGGCCGUUAGAGCCUAUCUUUUGCUUGUCAUAUGGUCCUUGUGUUUUCCGGAUUUGAACAGCGGCCAGAUUGGACUGAGGAUCCUCCCGACGAGACUGCAGACCUAUAGCUGGGGAUCGGCGACUCUCGCACAUCUAUAUCACGAGAUGUGCUUGUCCAUUUUGAUUUCAGAGCGCAGAAAGAACAUUGGGGGGGGGGCAUUUGGCUACUCCAGCUCUGGCCAUUCGAGCGACUUAGGCCGUUGAGGCCGAGGUUGAGAGGCGGUCUCAUUCAGCAGCACUUACCGUUGGACGACAGAUGGGCAGGUCACCUCAAUUUUCAGGACUUGAGGCCAUGAGAUUAGCACUUGAUGAGCUGCGCUAUUCAGAUAUCGAUUGGCAGCCAUACUCCGAGCUGAUUAUCAGUCAGCUACCGUCAUACUGUUUCGAGGGGUCCCAUUUUUGGCGUGCACGCGUUCCACUGAUCUACUUCCACAUUAUCGAGUGGCACCAGCCAGACAGGGUGCUUCAGAGGCGCCGGAAUGGGAUUCCGACAAACCACUCCGAUGGUCAAGUUUUGCAGGUAUCUGUCAGCGUGUCUCCCGUUGGAUUGUCUUCUUGUAAUCAGGGACGUUCUGCUCGGUUUGGCCGAGCAUGUCUUAUUUUUGAUAUAUUGUGUUGUCUUAUGAUUGAUGUCUGUAUCGGUUGCUUGUGUCAGGUUUUGGACCUCUCGUAGGUCCGGUCGUUUUGGUUCCCUUUUGUUAAUCUUGAUUCGGUAUCUUUAUAAUAUUGCCUCAUUUUCAGGUUGUGACA